AUCCGUACAUACAAAUACAUACACGAAUCCAACCCCACCCCACACACUGCUUUUUAUCUUUUCUUUUUCUUUCAUCACUCAUCACUCUACACACUAAACAGUAACACUCAUUCAUAAAACCACACCACAAAUUACACACAGAGAACAAAACCUGCUUGUUUCAAUGUGGCUACCAUGGCGUAUCCGAACCACAGCUUCGCGUUCAAACCGAUCCCAAUCCUGCACCAUCUCCUGCUCUUCCUUCAAAGACAUCCAAUCCAUACUCGAAUCCGAACCUGAACCUCCCUCUCUAUUCCGCCGCCUAAUCGUCUCUCCCUCCCUCAUCCGCUCCUUUAGCAGCCCCCGCGCCGCCUCCUCCGCCGUCCAACCGCCUCCGGACUCCGACCGUACCGCCGUCGUCGUCUACUACACUAGCCUCCGCGUCGUCCGCCGCACCUUCGACGACUGCCGCGCCGUCCGAUCUAUCCUCCGCGGCUUCGCCGUCGCGAUCGACGAGCGCGACGUCAGCGUCGACGAGCGCUUCCGCGAGGAACUGCAGCGGAUCCUCGUCCGCCGCAGCGUGCCGCUGCCGAGCGUCUUCGUCGCCGGCGUGUACAUCGGCGGUGCCGACGAGGUGAGGAAGCUCUACGAGAACGGCGAGUUGCACGAGUUGAUCAGACGGUUGCCGAAGUCACAGAGGAACAUGUGUGAUUUGUGCGGAGGGCUGAGAUUCGUGGUUUGCGACGAGUGCGAUGGAAGCCACAAAGUGUUCGGAGAGAAGAGUGGCGGAUUCAGGAGCUGUUCGUCUUGCAAUUCCAACGGUUUGAUUAGGUGUCCUGCAUGUUUCGUGGUGAAGCCGCGACACACCAAAUAAUUCCAUUCCUUCCUUCAUUCCCUGUAGUAUAAUAUGAAUAUCCCUUCCCCUUCUCUUCAUCAUGCAUGUUGAACUUAGAUAUAUUCCUUUAACUUUUCAUUGUUGAUGAUCUCUCUUUGAAUCACUCAAGUUAGAUUCUUUCAAAAAUUUCAAUUAAACCCCUUAUGCAACUUAGGUUCCAUUAUGUACAGUUGAUUGAUUGGUAAUUGUUAGGAGUAUGAUAUUAUGAUGUCU